AUGACUGGCUUUUGGGGAAAGCCUUUCUCACUGGCAAGAAAUGGCGUGUCACCACCAAUGGAAUUACAAAAGAUGUUAUUUCCUUGGAUCGAAGACUAUUUUGGUGUCAGUAAUGCAGAGUGGGUAGCUGUCUGUGAGAAGGAGAUGAAUGAAGUCGAUGAAAACGAGGAUGAGGAUGAAAACAUCAUAAAUUUUGAGAUAGAUGAAGAAGCAGAUUCCGUAGAAUUCGUGGAGGAAGAUAAAAGAUUGCAGUCGAAAGAAAAAAAGAGAAAAGGAAAGCAAAGAGCAAUUCAAAGCAGUAUCAAUACAGCAAAGCAAAACAGACACAUCAACACAAGAAACCUUCCGUUCUCAAGUAACAGUUUCAGAAUGUUCCAAAAGGAUAUUGUAGCUGCCAUUACCAGCCCUUCCAUUGGUAGACUAGAAGAGUAUGAAAGCCUUGUCCCUAAAAUUGUGAAUACAAACAAAGAGAUAGCCAGCAGAGUGACAGAACAACAACAAGAGAGCCAAUUUGAGAAAAAUGAAAACUCUUUUAACAACUUCAUUGAACAAAGUAACCAGCAGAAUUGUCUUCUGAUGAACACAACACAGCAACUAGCUAAGGUUAUAAAAAUCCUCGUAAUCUGGCAACAUUGUUUAAAUUCACAAAUACAAUUACUUAUGACUACCAACAAUGCUUCUCAAGGCAUAAAUACCAAUGCCAGCUUGUCUCAACCGCCUAUCAUUCCUGUUCUUUCUACUACUCAUUCCACUGGAAAAAUAGGGUAA